CAUCUUCAGGCAAAACUGCCUCAGCUUCAGAAAAACCUCUGUCAUCUUCAGACAAAACUGCCUCAGCGUCAGAAAACCCUCUGUCAUCCUCAGAUAAAACUGCUUCAAACCAAACGGCCUAAGAAAAACAUCUCAAAGGACUCAGGUCUCAGAAAAAACGCUGUCGGAAAAAGUGGAGUCAGGUCUCAGAAAAAACGCGGUCAGAAAAAACAGAGUCAGACGAACCAAGUCUCAGAUAAAAUGUUAUCAGAGUCAGGUAUCAUACAUCAGAUGAAAAUGAGUCGGGUCUCAGGAAAACAGCUGUCCGAAAAAGUGGAGUCAGACGAAAACGUCUCAAAUGAAAAGUUAUCAGAAGCUGAAAAAUAUCACGCAUCAUAGCGAAAUGAUACGUCAUCAAAAUGCGACCGCCAUACAACGUAGCCUCAUGCUUACUAGCCAGUGUAAGAGUGCGGGGAAAGAACAACGACGGCUACAGAACGUUUCAAGAUGUCCACUGACAACAACAAUGAAAGAAAUGCAAUGAUACAGUUUCUAUUCUGUAAUGGGUUCAAACAGAAGGAAAUUUGCCUUAUGUUGGCUUCAAAUGGACAUAAAAUAAGUGACCGACACUUAAGGAGACUAUUGAAGUUGCUUGGGCUGAGGAGGAGAAGCCCACAGAGACCACUUCGAGAAAUCCGUGAAGCUGUGCAGAGCGAGAUGAGACACUGGUCACCUGACCAAGGCAUCAGAGCCAUGUUAAAACGUGUUCGCGAUGUCAGAGGAGUGCGGCCUUGCUACAGGACUGAUGUUGCUGAAAUUAUGCGUGAAGUGGAUGCAAGUGGUCUGCAGAGAAGGAGUCCAGGCAAAAAAAAAAUACAAAGGAGGAACUACCACAGCUCUGGACCAAAUGACACCUGGCACAUAGAUGGUAAUGAUAAGCUGAAGUUCUUUGGGAUCUGGGUACAUUUAUGCAUUGAUGGGUUUUCUCGAAGGGUUCUGUGGCUGAAGGUUGGCACUUCGAACCGCAAGCAAAAAUUUGUGGCAAGAUACUUCUUUGAUGUUGUUGUGGAACUAGGAGGAUGUCCCCGAUUGAUCCGGAGUGACAGGGGAAAGGAGAACCUUGUUGUUGGUGAAAUGCAGACGGCAUUUCACGUUCGACAACUUGGGGACCAGGCAUGGCAGUGCUUCAGGAUGGGCACAUCAGUUCACAACCAGAGAGCCGAAUGCUUCAACAGCAUGUUAAAGCGGACGUGGAUCAAGAAAUGGCUGACAAGAUUUGAGGGCAUGAUGGAGUCUGGCAUCCUCGAACUGGACAACCCUGUACACAUAAAUUGCCUGCAGUAUACACAUCUUGAGAUGCUUCAGGAGGACUUGAACAUUGAGCGGACAGUUUGGAACAGUCACGACAUUAGAAAACAACGGCAUGCUCCAGGUCCAUUCGGGAAGCCAGAUGUCAUGUACAACUCCCCACCUCCUGGCUUUGCUGAUAUGCUGUGCCCAGUUGAUGAUGACCUUCUUGACUUUUCACAACAAAUUGUCAGUGAAGAAAAUGAACACUUGCGUGUUGCAAACGAGGAAUUUCAAGACCUGUGUGGGGCCAUUUUAGCCAACAGCAGGUUUCCACACACCCUAAAUGGUUGCUUUGCUGCCUACCUUAAGUUAUUUGAAGAAAUAACCAAUUGUAUGAAUAGAAAUAUGCUGCAAACACCCUCUACAUUUGCAGAGGCAAACGAAUUAUAUAAAAUUAUGCUAAGGGAAAGAGAGUGAAAAAAGGAGGGGGUGGGGGGCUGGGUAGUAAUCAUGACAUGCUCUUUAUUUUAAUGUGGAUA